CCUCCCGAUGGGUUUGCCCGCCUCUUGUCGCCUUCGAUUCUUCCCUCAUCUUUGUUUCAUCCAAACCCUUUUCUAUUCCUCCAAACAAUUUCCCCACCAAUCCCCAACACUCGAACCAAGUUCCAGCAAUACUGAUCCCGCAACAGUUCGUGAAACUUUGUUAACCUUCCGCAAUGACUGGAAACGCGCAUUCGAAUUUUUCAAUUGGGUCGAAAGAGAAUACCGUUUGCAGCUCCCCACUGAUACAUAUAAUUAUAUGAUCGACAUCCUUGGUAAGUUCUUUGAGUUUCAACUUUCAUGGGAUUUGAUUCAACGCAUGCGGCAAAAUCCAUCUUCUUCUCCGGACCAUACCACAUUUCGAAUCAUGUUUAAACGUUAUGUUUCGGCUCAUCUAGUUAAUGAAGCGAUAGAGACAUAUGAAAAGCUUCACCAAUUUAAUUUAAAGGAUGAAACUUCGUACUGCAAUCUUAUUGAUGCACUGUGUGAGUACAAGCAUGUGGAUGAAGCCCAAGACUUGAUUUUUGGGAAGAACAAGAACGGAGAUGUGGAAGUCAAUGUAAAAUACUAUAACAUUGUUCUUCGUGGGUGGUUUAAAUUGGGAUGGUGGAGCAAGUGUAGGGAGUUUUGGGAAGAGAUGGAUAGAAAGGGAGUUCAAAAAGAUGUACAUUCAUAUGCAACAUAUAUGGAUAUAAUGUGCAAAAGUGGAAAGCCUUGGAAGGCUGUGAAGUUAUUCAAGCAGAUGAAGAGUAAACGGAUGAAAUUGGAUGUGGUUGUCUAUAAUAUUGCUAUUCGUGCCAUAGGUCUUUCACAGGGGGUUGAUUUUUCAAUUAACCUCUUUCGUGAAAUGAAAGAUUUAGGGUUUGAGCCUUCUCUCGUAACCUAUAACACUAUCAUUAGGCUUUUAUGUGAUAACUACAGACAUAAGCAAGCACUUGAGAUGCUUGGUACCAUGCGUAAGAAUGGAUGUCAGCCGAAUGCUAUUUCAUAUCAAUUCUUUUUCGCGUGCAUGGAAAAGCCUGGGGAUAUACUCACAUUGUUUUAUAAAAUGAUUGGAAGUGGAGUUCGACCAAGUAUGGAUACCUAUGUUAUGCUUAUGAGGAAGUUUGGGAGGUGGGGAUUUCUUCGACCAGUAUUUUUAUUGUGGGAGAAAAUGGAAGAACUUGGAUGUAGUCCAGAUGCAUCUGCUUACAAUGCUAUGAUAGAUGCUCUUUUGGAUAAGGGAUUAUUAGACAUGGCCAGGAAAUAUGAUGAAGAGAUGCUAGCAAAAGGACUUUCAUCUAGGCCAAGGAAAGAGUUGGGGACAACGCUGGAGGUGACAGGAGAAUCCCCUGGUGGAUAGUUGUGAUUUUUUAUCCUAUUAUUUGCAUGUGCAAUGUUUGUAUAUAUCUACAGGCGCGAGUCUCUUUUUUUCUCCAGUGGUAUCAUUGGGGAAAAGCAAGCAAGGUUGAGAAGAUGCAAGAUACAAGUAUGCUAGAAUUUGAAAAUAGCAUAGCAUAGAUCGAAGGUGACUUUAGAGGAAGAUGAGAAAUGUUGACACGCCCAUGAAAGAGAAAAAAAUCAGCAAAACAGUAACAAGCUUGUUCUUCUUUGACUGUUGACUCUAUAUUGUGUGGAUUCACAGCUCGACUCUCCCUAAUUUGCUUGGCUGAUGGUGGUUCCUGACAUGACUGAUUGUGAUUGGUUGAUUAUAAACCUCUACUAGGCAUAUGUACAAAUAUAAGUCUGAUCUGCUGAGAUAAUCAGCCUGCUAUUUAAUUUCCCUAAACUGCUAAAGGUAGUUCUGAAAUGCAGUGGAGACUUUCACUUGAAGAAUUAUGUGAGCCUCGAGUGCCUGUGCCUGGUUUUGAUCAUAAAUAUCUGUACAUAGUGACUUGCCCCUAUGGACUACUCAGGUUGCCACUUGUUAUGCUUUUAUUGGUAUCAUGUUCUCGUUUAUUCUGUGGUCAAGCUGUAGAAACUAUGCUAGAUUUGUCUAGUCGGGUGGGUCGACUAAAUUCAACCUGUACUAUUGGGCUUUGAGUAUGGUUUCAACAUUUGCCUGGGCAUGCAUUAGAGAAUUGAGAUUUGAGAAGU